AUGGCUCGAAUCUUCCUGACUGGUGCCACUGGCCUUAUUGGCGGGGACGUGCUCCACGUUCUCAAGACAACUCACCCAGACUACCACAUCAGUGCUCUUGUGCGAGAUAGUGCUAAGGCUGCUACCGUCUCCAAGGAGUACCCCGAUGUGCGCAUUGUGCUGGGCGAUCUUGACUCUGCGUCCCUUAUCGAAGAGGAGGCUAGUCAAGCCGACGUUGUCGUCCGGUGCUUGAUUCAAGUCUCAGGCGCAAGCCUACUCUCAAUUCCAGAUAUUGUGAACAAGACCUUCGGCGAGGGACCCCGAAAGAUCUAUGGGGACAUUGACGAUGUCGACGAGAUUCGCGAUAUCAUCCGCAAGAACGCCGACAAGCGUGUCGUUGACAGCUUUUUGCUCAACGUGACUGGCACCAAGACUGCGAUUAUCUUCCCGCCCAUCAUCUACGGGCAAGGUCGAGGACCUAGUAACCAGCGCAGUAUUCAGGUGCCAGAAAUCUCCAGAGUCGCAAUUGAGAAGAGACAAACCUUCCAAGUGGGCAAGGGAGAAAGCACCUGGAGCAACAUUCACAUCUCGGAUCUGAGUAACAUCUUCGUCAAGUUAGUGGAGAAGGCUGUCGAAGCCGCCGAGGGUGAUCUGUGGAAUCAGAAUGGUCUUUACUUUGUUGGUGGUGGGCCACCGCUGAGCAUCACCCCAGGUGAGGCAGAUGCGUUGUCCCCGGCGGCCAGCGUAUUCUGGGGAACCAACGCUCGCCAGAGCCCCCAGCGAGCCAUGCAACUUCUGGGAUGGAACCCGCGCGCACACUCGUUGGAGGAAGAGAUUCCGAUGACCGUGCGGUUGGAAGCCACUCGUCUGGGCAAAUUGUGA